AUGGAACCAUUUCCUUCUGCGCAGGAGCCUGACGAAGGGUAUUCCGAACAUCCCCUCAACACCUUCGCCGCCGGCGACCUCGAGAACGAUGCCGCUACGCUGGGGUUGCCGCCGCGCGCCCAGCUGCCCGCAUGGCUAUCAGCACGACUUCCCAAACUCUCUGUACAGGAGAAGAAGUGCCUCGCCAUGUUAAUCCUAAAAGAGCUUCCCACCACUGCCAUUGCUGACAUAGUGAUGAACCAACUGAAUCCGCGCCUUUACAUCGACUUCGUCGAACGUCUACCGCCCGAAAUAUGUCUCAAGAUCCUGGGCUAUCUGGACCCCGUGUCCCUGAUUCACGUUGCCAUAUGCUGUCGAGGAUGGUACAAUCUGGCCUUGGAUCGCAAACUGUGGGAGAAGCUUUUCUAUAUGGAGGGGUGGAAAGCGAUACCGUCCGAAAUCUUAGCUGCGGAACAGCGGAUGAACGCCGGACUUCUUCUAUCUCAGAUGCAACCCCAGGGAGUGCAAUCGGUUGAAGAUGGCCACGUUCAUAAGAAGCGGGCAGUCUCCGACCCGACGCCGCCGGACGAUGAUGACUACGAAAUGGUGGACGCGGAUCUGAUAAGGCAGGACCACAGAGACACGGACAUGUCUGGCACAAGUCUGUUCGGUGGCCCUCAACCUGGCGGGAGUGGCUCCUCUAUACAAAGUAACACAAGCGUGGUUCAGCACAUGGGAAACCUCAUGAUGAAGUCACCAAGCCCCAUGCCAGGUCUCAAAGGGAAAGCAGUCGCGAGGCCUACUCGGACUUUGGGGAAGGCUGCUGCUAACCCUCCGGACGGAUCCUCACACGUUGAGAGCACUUUCGGCUCACCUACCCUUCCCCAAACAAGGCUUUGGAUUUACGACACCCGCGAUCGCAGAUAUAAGAUCAGCUGGAAGUAUCUAUACACCAUGAGACGCAGGUUGGAGAAAAAUUGGGACAGUGGCCGCUAUACAAACUUCCAGCUACCCCACCCGGACCACAUGGAUGAAGGGCACAACGAAUGCAUUUACAGCCUCCAAUACAACCCUGAAUAUUUGGUCAGCGGUAGCCGAGAUCGCACUCUUCGAAUAUGGAACCUACGUACACGGCGCCUGAUACGCCCACCUUUGAAAGGCCAUCAGGGGUCGGUUCUUUGCCUGCAGUUCGACUCGGAUCCAGACGAAGACCUCAUUGUAUCUGGAAGCAGUGACUCCGACGUCAUCUUAUGGAAGUUCUCGACAGGUCAGAUUAUUCAGCGUCUCCGAAGGGCGCAUACCGAAUCUGUGCUGAACGUCAAAUUCGAUAAACGGAUUCUGGUCACCUGCUCCAAGGACAAGAGCAUCAAAAUAUUCAACCGCACACCAUUACGAGCGGGCGAUGUUGGCUACGGCUACGAUCAUGGUGUCGGCCCAGUUCCCAUUCACUUGCGGAAUUAUGGGUAUGACGAUUCACCGCUGAAUCAGUUACCUAUCAAGCCGCCCUUUACAAUGAUUGCAUGCCUCGAAGGGCACAACGCCGCUGUCAAUGCUGUGCAGAUCUGCAAUAGGGAAAUUGUGUCAGCCAGUGGCGAUAGGAACAUCAAGGUCUGGGACUGGCCAACUCAGACGGUGAAAAGGACGUUUAUUGGACACGCCAAAGGUAUUGCAUGCGUCCAAUACGAUGGGCGUCGCAUCGUGAGUGGGAGCAGUGACAAUGAGGUCAAGGUGUUUGAUGUCGAGUCUGGUCUCGAGGUUGCGAGCCUACGUGCCCACGGCAAUCUCGUCCGUACGGUGCAGGCCGGCUUUGGCGACCUCCCUUACAGCCGUGAAGAGGACCGGCUUGAGGCAAAGGCUGUUGACCAAGCUUACUUCAGCGCCCUGACUGCGGGUACCCUGCAAGAGCUGCAGAAGACUAGAAGUCGACCCCAUAACGCGGGUAGUCGCCGGCCACAAGAUAUAACAGCCUAUGGGGCAAAACUACCUCCUGGCGGCGGGGGCGGUCCGUAUGGACGCAUCGUGUCUGGCUCCUACGAUCAGCAGAUCAUAAUAUGGCGCCGAGAUCGCGAGGGCAUAUGGAGGACGGCACACAUCCUCCGACAGGAAGAAGGAGCUGCUGCCGCCCUCAGACAGAACUCGCGAGGUCCAACUUCAGUGCUGUCUCGUCGACCAACACCGUCACCUGCCGAUGUUAUCGACGCGUCAGACAGUCAAACGGAUCAACCCUCUGGAAGCCGACCGCCCCAUCCACCUGCUAGCGCUCCGCCGGCGCUGCAACGGCCACCGCCCAGUUAUACUCAUGUUGAAUACCCUAUCAUCGCUACCAUCACCCCUCAAACCACCGCUUCUUAUACCCAGAUGAUAGAUGCGUGUGUUCCCCAAGGACCUGGUGCGCUCCAGCAAGCACUGAUGGCCUACCCGACGAUUCUGACGUACCACUCCCACAUCCAAACGGCCAUUGAUCGCGAGCCGAAUGCGAUUACACGCUCCCAGCUACGACAGGUGGUCAGUGCCGCCUUGGUCAGAGCACAGAUCGCGCAGAACCGUGUCAGAGACUCGGUGCACCGAGCCCUUACGGCAACAUCCGGACCGGCUGAACCCUCGACAUCUCAGGCAGCACAUGUUGAUCCCCAAGUGACGCCGCGGCAGAACAGUUCAAGCAUGGUGGCAGCCUCCAACGCUAGUCAUCUAGAUCACGACGCGACGCCUCAUGCCAGUAAUGGUGGCGGUCCUCCUGUCACCGCCAACGGUGCACAUCAUCCUCAUCCAUCACUAUCUCAACAACAUGAGCAGACACAGCCAGCCGCGGCUACGGCCCCAGCGCAAGCACAAGCUCCGCCACCCCAACAACCCCAGACACAUCCCCACAUUGCCCAGGCCGACACUAGCCCGGCCAGGAUAUUCAAGCUGCAGUUUGACGCACGACGGAUCAUUUGCUGCAGCCAGAUCAGCACCAUUGUAGGUUGGGAUUUCUGCAAUGGAGACCCGGAGCUGGAGGAGGCGGCGAGGUUUUUUGGCACGGUGGAUUGA